AUGAUUCGAGAAAAACUAAAAGUAUCGACUCAGACACUACAGUGGAAAUGUGUUGAAUCAAGGAUGGACAAUAAGUGUCUUUAUUAUGGACGCUUUAUUCUAUCUCCACUUAUGAAAGGUCAAGUAGAUACCAUAGGCAUUACAAUGCGAAGAAUUUUGCUUGGAGAAAUAAAGGCAACAUGUAUCACACGUGCAAAAUCUGAGAAAAUACCACAUGAAUAUUCUACCAUAGUAGGUAUUCAAGAAUCAAUACAUGAAAUUUUAAUGAAUUUGAAAGAAAUUGUAUUGAGAAGUAAUCUGUAUGGAAUUCGGGAGACGUCUAUUUGUUUCAAAGGUCCUGGAUAUGUAACUGCUCAAGACAUCAUUUUACCACCUUCGGUGGAAGUCAUUGAUAAUACACAACAUAUAGCUAACCUAAUAAAACCUACAAUAAGGAAAAAUCAAAAAGAAAUUGAGAGAAAGAAUGGAUAUCAUAUAAAAACACUAAACAACAUUCAAGGUGGAAGUUAUACUAUAGAUGUUGUAUUCAUGCCUAUUAGAAAUGCAAGUCAUAGUAUUCAUUCUUAUGUGAAUGGAAAUAAAAAACAAGAGAUAUUAUUUCGGGAAAUAUGGACAAAUGAAAGUUUCACUCCUAAGGAGGCACUUUAUGAAGCCUCCCGGAAUUUGAUUUAUUUAUUUAUUCCUUUUUUACAUGCAAAAGAAGAAAACUUAAAUUUUGAAAACAAUCAACACAAAGUGACUUUUUCCCCUUUUACUUUUUAUGAUUAUGAUAGAUUCGUUAAGGAUAAACUAAGGAAAAAUCAAAAAGAAAUUGAGAGAAAGCGGGGAUAUCAUAUAAAAACACUAAACAACAUUCAAGGUGGAAGUUAUACUAUAGAUGUUGUAUUCAUGCCUAUUAGAAAUGCAAGUCAUAAUAUUCAUUCUUAUGUGAAUGGAAAUAAAAAACAAGAGAUAUUAUUUCCUGGAAAUAUGGACAAAUGA